GCGCCCCGGCAGCCCAUAGCACCGAACUACAAUGACCAGCGUGCCCCGCGCUCAGCCCCCUUCUCUUGUAGCCUCGAACGCAAGGGAGGCUCAGUGGACCUGGGAGCUGAGAAUCGAUUAUGUCGGCCACUCUGGGCAGCGGGGAGCGCUGGACUGAAGGUACCAGGACCUGGACAGAAGCUUACAUUGAUGCAGUUAGAAGAAACAAAUACCCAGAAGACAGACCUCCCGAGAGUCACGAGCCCUGUGGUUGCUGUGACUGUAUGAAGCCACAAAAGGAAAAGAAGUCUGAGAAUGAGCGGAACCAGACCCGGCAGGGUGAGGGCAGCUCCACUUAUACUGAGGAACAGCUGCUUGGGGUACAAAGGAUCAAGAAGUGCAGAAAUUACUAUGAAAUUCUGGGAGUUGCCCGAAAUGCCAGUGAUGAAGAACUUAAGAAAGCUUAUAGAAAACUGGCCCUGAAAUUUCACCCUGAUAAGAACUGUGCUCCCGGAGCAACAGAUGCUUUCAAAGCGAUAGGAAAUGCCUUUGCAGUGCUGAGCAAUCCUGACAAGCGAUUCCGCUAUGAUGAAUAUGGAGAUGAACAAGUGACUUUCACUGCACCUCGAGGCAGACCUUAUAAUUAUUACAAGGACUUUGAAGCCGACAUCACUCCAGAAGAGCUAUUCAAUGUCUUCUUUGGAGGACAUUUUCCUACAGGAAAUAUUCAUAUGUUCUCAAAUGUGACUGAUGACAUUCAGUAUUACCGCCGGCGGCACCGACAUGAGAGGACACAGACACGGAAAGAAGAGGAAGAAGAUAAAGCUCAGACUACAUAUUCUGCAUUUAUUCAGUUACUUCCGGUUCUUGUGAUUGUAAUCAUAUCUGUCGUUACUCAACUGCUGGCUGCUAAUCCUCCAUAUAGCCUAUUUUAUAAAUCGACAUUGGGCCACACCAUUUCUAGAGAAACCCAGAACCUCCAGGUGCCUUACUUUGUGGAUAAAAACUUUGACAAGGCCUACAGAGGAGCUUCUCUGCGUGACCUGGAGAAGAUAAUAGAGAAGGAUUACAUUGAUUACAUCCAGACGAGUUGCUGGAAGGAGAAACAGCAAAAGUCGGAGUUGACAAACUUGGCAGGAUUAUACAGAGAUGAACGACUGAAACAGAAAGCAGAAUCGCUGAAACUUGAAAACUGUGAAAAACUUUCCAAACUAAUUGGGCUCCGCAGAAGUGGUUGAAAGGAUGAUGGGUCUUGCACAGGGUUGGGGUUUUCUUAUUAUUUAUGUUCCUAAUUCCAUUUUAUAAUACAAAAUCAGGAAAUGAUGAACAUUUUCCUAUUUGCUAAUGUUGUCUGUUGCACAGAGUUGAAGGAAAUUGAGCAUGGAGCCAGGCUGGUCAUAGAGAAACCCUUGCUGGGCAGGGCUGCUUCUCUAAGUUACAUGAAUGGCUGAGCAUUUCUCUCAGCCCCUGCUCCAUGUCUACCUUGCCUCUCGGAAUGCAGUUCAGGGCAGCGGAGCACAUCCAAAUCUCCUUUUUUUUCCUGUGACUAGUUUGAUUACAGAAAAAAUGUCUGUUUUCAGCCAAAUAUGGUGGUGCAUGCCUGUGAGCCCAGCACUCAGGAAGCUGAGGCAAGAAGAUCACCAAGAAUUUGAGGCCAGCCUGGGCUGCUACAUAGUUUAAGGCCAGCCCAAAUUACAUAGUGCCGUCUGAAAAAAAAAAAAAAAUCUGUUUUGGAUUUAGGAAGGAUGCAUUUUUCUUCCUUCUUCCCUCCUUCAGUGAAGUCUCACUAUCCAGGCAUUCUAGACUUAUCCAAAUCAGCUUCAUGUUACUUACAAUUAUUUACAAUGUCUGUCAAGAAUUAGACAUCUGGGCUGGGGAUUUAGCUCAGUGGUUUCGCUGCCUGCUGCGCAAGCGCAAGGACCCAAAUUCAAUCCCUGGUACCAAAAAAAAAAAAAAAAAAAGAAUUAGACAUCUUUGGAGUCAUCAGCACCCUGAGGAUUCAGCCCUUGGAACUUAUUCCUACUCAACUUUCUGUUUUCUAAGGGGAAUGUGCAGAAACUAAAGCUAUUCAGCCCAUAGUUUUCUAUUAUCCCAAUCUCUGUUCAGUCAAGAAACAUUAACAAACUGCCUGAUUUGAGGUUCUUUUAUUUUCUUAAUCCUCUCUCUGGCAGAGAGUCCAGAAAAAAAUUGAAGACUGUGAAACAGUUCAGCAGACAGCUCAGCUGCAGAAAGAAGGGCCGGGGGAGAAGCUAAAACGUAAGACUCUGUUUCUGCUCCUCGGUGCAGAUUCCCCAGUCCACCAUAGAAGGCAGAGACUCUCCUUUGUGUGAUAUCCCCUUGGUGUCAUCACUUGGAAUCGUCGACCUGAGUCCCUGUCCCAGAGGCACAGUGGCCAGAGCUGAGAAGAAGCACUGGCUCAAUCCUGGGGGUAGAAGGGGACAUCCUGUCUAGCAUUGGCCCGAAGUCAUUUUGUUUAACCCAGUGCCCUAGAGUUUGUAAUAUGAGAUGCUUUUUCAUUCAUUCACCAUUUACUGAGAGCCUCUUAUAAAACAGGGGCUGUCACAUGUAUUUUGUUACUUAAGCCUCCUCACAACUGUGAAGUUGAGGUUUUAUCUGUUUUUAUGAAUGAGAACCUUGGCCCAGAGAGGACCGUUGGUCUGAGUCAGACAACUGGUAGUGGCAGAGCCAGGUGGUAGGGCAAUUGUCAAAUAGGAAUUGUGAGAGAUCACCUUUAAUUCUCAAGGGAUCCUAGUCACAUUGGCAAAGUAGAAUCUUUCCCAAGGGUGCCUCUGUGCCCACCUCUCCAGAGUACCCUUGGAUCUUUCUACAAAAGUCCUGCAUCCAUUUGGGACAAUUUCCCUGCAGUCUUUAGGAAGCAGGGCCCUACACAAGCCCUGAACACAAAAUAGGAGGUCUUUCAAAGGCAGGCAAGCCUUCCUGCUGGUGACUAGAACUAAGGUAUCACCUAGGCUACAUGGUAUCAGGCCUUCCUGUGGAGGUGAGCAACCAGGAUUGAGCUGCCAGAUUAUCAUAGACGUGUCCAGUGCGGUUCAACAUAUGUGUGUGUUCCACAGAGGCAGGAAGUGGGUUUAUAGGUAAAGAAUGGGGCUUUUAGUGGCUGGUAGGGGACAACUGCUCAGCUACAGAGAGGAGGAGCAGUUCUAGAAACAGCCAGAUUUUGCUGCCCACUUGCUAAGGCUGGCUUCAAACUCAUGAUCCUCCUGCCUUGGCCUCCAGACUAGCUGGUAUAAAGCUGUGCACUACCACUCCCAGUUGUCUUGGGUUUUUUGGGCCUCCUUGACAUGUGAAUGACAGGGGAAUUUACCCUAUAAAACGUGCUUAUGGAAAGUUCCUAUACACACAGAAAUCAAAGCUCUCCUCUCCCUACCCUCGACCUCUGCUAGAAAAUGGGCCAUAAUGAAACUAACUUGACAGAUUAAAAGACACUGCUCUAGAUGCCCAAGAAUAGCAUAGUCACACAUUUUAUGGACUCCAUAGUAGUGAUGAAUUAUCUGUGAUGAUCCUAAAUAGAGGUGGUAAUAACCUCAUUAAAUGUUGUGCUGAUUGUCUAUUUUUAUAGCAUUGAUGGUACUGUUUUAUUUAUUACUAAUAGGCCACACACUCAUGUCUGGUUUUUCUCAAAGUAUCCUUUGGCUGAGGGAUAGUUUAAUCUACUAUAUUUGGUACUCUCCAGACACUUGUUAAACUCUAAUUUCCUUGGUUAUGUUUAGAUGGGUUGUCUGCACGGUGGUAAGAUAAGCUUUUUUCCUCUUGCCUAUGUCCUUUGGAAGACUUCCUGAUAGCACAGAAACUCUAGGUGAGGCUGGCUGUUCCUGCUGUCAGAACUUGGCACAGAGCGGGUUGUUUCUUUGAAUGUUACUGCAGACUGGUGGCAUAUGCUGGGAGUGAGACUAAGAAAUAGGGCUUAAGGCUCACACAAAACCUCAAGCUCUCAUUCAAAUGAUCAGCAGUGAGGAGGCAUGAAAAGCCUUCUCAUCUCAGUAAUGUUGCAGCUGGAAGGAACUCAUGUCCCUGGAUUAUUAGUGGCUCCAGGGUUCAUCUGCUCAUGCCAGAAAACCUUCUGAGCUUCCAUGAUCAGCCUUAGGCCUCAAAGCUUGGGAGUAGGAACCAAUAAGAAAAGGACAUUGCUAUGCUUGCUGGUGAAAACAACUAGAAAUUACAGUGAAUGCCAAACCCCACUGGAACAUGGGCCGAAGGAGCCUGGCCCAGGAUGUGCUCUUCUCAGAUCUUCCUGGUGCCGUGAGGGUUUUGGGGGAUUCCAGCAGCACUCUAUCACAGCUGGCCACACAUUGAUCCACCGUCUGUGCAUGCACCGCUCCUCACAGGAGCUAGCACUUCCCUUGUGUUUAUUUUAGACUCAUUGAAGGUGUCUCUGUAGUGUCCUAAUAUAUUUAUUUUUGGAAAGGUCAAGUUACUACCAUCUUAGUUUUUGAACCUGGAUCGUUGAUACCUCAUGCAGUGGCCACCAACUGCCUACCCAUGUGUCAGCUAUGGAUGGCAUCAUUUGCAUCCCUCUCAGUAUUCUCAGUUAAAGAUGUUCUGUGACCAGAGUCACGGAUGACACAGAUGAAAUCAGCUCCUGGUGGAGUAAGAAUCCUGAAAACUCUGGUCACCUGAUCUACUGCAUCUAGACUGUAUUUUAACAAAGUAAAACAUUAAAUGAUUUUAUAGAAAGA